AUGCAGACCACAAACGAAGAGACACGCCCACUCUUGAGCGGAGCACAGACCAACGACCGACGCGACGCUGCCAGCAUCUCGUCAGACUUGUCCAAGCCAUGGUGGUCCCGCACAGCUCAUCGGCUUCAAAGGCAUUGGUCCAUACUUCGCAUUCUUGCGGUAGCUCUUCUCUGGGGCGCAGCAAACUAUGGCGCCGUGCCUUCCUAUCUCGACGGUCUGCGUAGCUACACCUGCUCGUACGUCUACUCGACGCAUCCAGACCUACUGCCCACUCGGCCACAUCCCAAGCUUCCACACGACCGUGACAGACCAUGUGCCGUCUCUGGAGUUGAAAGCCGUGUGGGGAUCGUCGUCGCCGCUGCCACCGUGCUCAGCUUUGUCGUAUCGAGCAUCAGCAUGCUCUUCUACGGUCCGCGCCUCUCCAGAUGGGGCCGCAAGCCCAUGUUGCUCAUCUCUCUGGUUUCCAACAUCAUCAAUUACAUUCCUUUCGCUCUUCUCCCCCUUGGCUACCCUUUUGGAGACAUUCCCUCCGAGCUCGCGAUCAGCCCGGCGUCUUCCAUGGUCGUCAUUUUGGUCUGCAGCUUCUUGACGGGCUUGACCGGAUUCACGGGCUUGUUUCUCUGUGUCAUGCGAGUCAUGAUCAUCGACGUCGCUCCACCCACACGUCGCACAAUCAACCUCAAUUGGCUCAUCAGCGCCACUCUAUGCGGAGCCUUCUUCGGUCCCCUCUUAGCAGCUUGGGCGCUCGACACCUCGGUCAAAGCGCGCCGCCCUCGCCUUGUGCUCCGACGCUUCUUCUCGGCGCCGUCUUCCUUCAUAUUGGAGCUGCCAUCGGAUCCGACACCGCCUCCCAUUCCCGGCACACCACAGACGCUGUCCAAACACGGCAAUCCGGCAGCUCUCGUGGCUUGCUGCUGGGUGUUCUUCCUCGCGAUUGUGUGGGUCUUCUUGCUGGUUCCCGAGACCAAGCCUGCAACAGUCGCAGAUACGGAUGAACCCUCAACAACGGCAUCGAACGGGCAAGCAGCGAUCGAUGGUGACGUGGAAAGCACCUCCGAGCCCGUCAAUGUGUCCCCCUCUCGACUACGUGCCCACAAAGCGCUCGGCCCGCUGGCCAUCUACCUGCCUCAGGUCACUCGAGAAGGCCGCAGAGAUUAUCGGCUGACUUGGCUCGCACUGGCCGGCGCCUUUGCCAAUGUCGGCACCAAUGCACUGUCCUACGUAGCAGUCUUUGCCGGAUACAAGUUCGACUUCACUCCAGACGCUAUCGGACUGCUACUGGGGCUCAUCGGCGCAACGAGGGCGGUUUGGCUCAUCUUUGCGAUUCCGCUCCUUGUCGUGUUCUUCGAGCGCACCAUUCGCAAACCGAGGCAGAUCGCUUCGCUGUCCGCAGAGCAGCUCGAAGCCCUCGCCAAGGCUGGCCUCAAGGAUCCCAAACUCAAGCACGCUCAUGCUCAAGAAAAUCGAGAGCCCCGCGACCAGAAUGUUCCCGAGCCAUCCGCAUCAGAAAGAUCGUCAAGCGCGAGCUCGUCCGAUGCAUCAGCAGAGAUCAUCUCCGCGGUCGUUCUUUGGAGGACAGCUGUCGACAUUGCCAUCGCCAAGGUGUCAUACUUUGCUGACAUUAUCGGCUACCUCGUCGUUUUUGUCUCCGCCAGCUUCUCGAACGCCGCUGCCAUGAUCAGCGGUACGCUUUUCCUGUCUUUCGGCGCCGGAGCAGGGCCAGCGGUAACAUCGGCGGCGAUCGCGAUCAUCCAGGAUCAGAGGCGAGCGGGCUAUCGCUCCCUCCAUCCUUCACUCCACGCUUCACCCACCGAUGAUUGGCUCGCGGCCCUCUCCAUCUCUGACAACAUCGUCAAUGGUCUCAGCCCCAUCCUCAUCAGCGUGGUGUAUAGCUUGACCAUAGAGACGGCGCUGCCUUCCACAUGCUUUCUGAUUCCUACUGUCGGCUACAUUCUUUCCUUCGGCCUCAUCGCCAUGGUCAAAGGCCAGAAAGUGCAAAAUUAA